UCCAAGUUCAACGAAUCUGGACGCAAUUCUACUUAUGAAAUAUGUAUCUAUAAUUUUCACAAUAUAUUAAACACAACUUCAUCGUCUCUGCCACCACACCAUUGCCUGUUUGCCCUUCCAUUUCUAUGAAAGGUGUUAACAAUUCUCCAACCACGAUGAGUGGGCGGAUCGCAGCCGAAGUUGAGAUGAACUUACACCCGGGAGCAGCUGAAUUGCCUUAUGUUCACAAAGUGGGGAAGCCACCCAAGCAAGAUUUAUUGAAAGAAAUCAAAACCGCGCUCAAAGAAACAUUUCUUUCGGAUGAUCCUUUGAAACCUUUUAAGGACCAGCCUAGAAGGAAAAAGUUUGUACUUGGCUUACAAGCCUUUUUCCCGAUACUCAGUUGGGGUCGAGAUUAUAGUUUUUCUAAGUUUAAAGGUGAUCUCAUCGCAGGAUGUACCAUCGCGAGUCUCUGCAUUCCACAGGAUAUUGGGUAUGCUAAACUAGCAAACUUGCCUCCAAAAUAUGGAUUGUACUCGAGUUUUGUUCCGCCUCUUAUAUACGCGUUCAUGGGUAGCUCGAGAGAUAUUGCAAUCGGCCCUGUGGCGGUGGUCUCUCUGUUGCUUGGAACUUUGUUACGAGAUGAGGUUGAGCCAGGUACACCUGAAUAUUUACGUCUUGCUUUCACUGCAACAUUCUUUGCUGGAGUCACUCAAGCUGCACUCGGGUUUUUCAGAUUGGGUUUUCUGAUCGAUUUUCUGUCACAUGCUGCGAUCGUGGGGUUCAUGGGAGGAGCGGCCGUUACCAUCGCGCUUCAGCAACUUAAAGGGUUGUUAGGCAUCAAGGAUUUCACAAAAAAGACUGAUUUAGUUUCCGUCAUGCGUUCUGUCGUCAACUCAGCACAUCACGGAUGGAACUGGCAAACCAUAUUGAUAGGAGUUUCCUUCUUGACUUUCCUUUUGGUAGCAAAGUUCAUUGGCAAAAAGAACAAGAAACUAUUUUGGGUGCCAGCAAUAGCUCCACUGAUUUCCGUCAUCGUGUCUACAUUUUUCGUUUUCAUCACUCGUGCUGAUCAUGAUGGUGUCGCGAUUGUACGCCAUAUUGACAAAGGAAUUAACCCAUCGUCCGUGCACCAAAUUUAUUUCAGUGGACCAUACCUCGCUAAAGGUUUCAAGAUCGGAGUUGUUGCCGGUUUAAUCGCACUCACGGAAGCUGUAGCAAUUGGAAGAACAUUUGCUGGAAUGAAAGACUAUCAGCUGGAUGGAAACAAAGAAAUGGUGGCACUAGGCUCCAUGAACAUUAUUGGUUCUUUCACAAGUUGUUAUGUGGCCACAGGGUCGUUUUCACGGUCAGCGGUCAAUUACAUGGCCGGUUGCAAUACUGCGGUGUCAAAUAUUGUGAUGUCUAUGAUCGUGAUGCUGACUCUUUUCGUCAUCACUCCAUUGUUUAAGUUCACCCCAAAUGCUAUACUGGCUUCAAUCAUUAUAUCAGCGGUCGUAGGUCUCAUCGACUUUGAUGCAGUGGUCCUACUGUGGAAGAUUGAUAAAUUUGACUUUGUAGCUUGCAUGGGUGCGUUUUUCGGUGUGGUUUUCGUUUCAGUUGAGAUAGGCCUUCUCAUUGCGGUCGGAAUAUCUUUUGCCAAGAUUCUCCUACAAGUAACAAGGCCUCGGACCGCAGUGCUCGGAAAAAUCCCGAAGACAACUGUCUACAGGAACAUAGAGCAGUACCCAGGCGCGACUAGGGUCCCCGGUGUUCUGAUAAUUAGGGUUGAUUCGGCUAUUUACUUCUCGAAUUCCAACUACAUAAAAGAGAGGAUCUUGAGGUGGCUAACAGACGAGGAAGAAACGUUUAAAGACCAGCCGAGAAUCGAGUGUUUGAUCGUCGAUAUGUCACCUGUUACUGAUAUUGAUACCAGUGGCAUUCAUGCCUUGGAGGAAUUGCAUUCCAGUCUACAAAAGAGAGACGUCCAACUCAUUUUAACAAAUCCGGGACAAACCGUACUCGAUAAGCUGCACGCGUCUCAUGCUGCAGAUCUUAUCGGGGAAGACAGGAUCUUCCUAACUGUUAAUGAUGCUAUUCUAACAUUUGCUCCAAAGAUGGAACAAGCGUAAAGAAAACACAAUGUUUCUUUGUCUUUUGGUUUACACGGUUCAAGUUCAGUUUGUUUACAAGUCCAAGUCACGAAGAAUUUUGGAGGGAAUCGACAACUGACAGUACGCGUUCUUCCCCAAUGUGUAUUUGUAUUUAAUCGUUAAAAAUGUAAAGGGAUUCGUGUGUCACGCAGUAGUGUGUCGCACGGCCAAGAAAUAUUUACUUUAUUCAUACUGUAACAUAUCCAUAAAUAUUCACGUGUUUCCAUUGUUUGUUUGCUUAA